AUGGCGGCGGCGGGCUGGGCGGUGGCGACUCAAAUUUCCACACUCAUCGUCGACUGCGGUUCGGGCCUGACGCGCGCCGCCGUCUUCUGGCGCGACGCUGGCAAUCGCGUCCACGCCUGCGAGGCGAGCGCGAGCACCGGGCAGGCGGAACCGUUUGCGCUCCCUCGGAUCGUUGACGUGCUCACCGAGGGCGGCUCGGCGCUGCGCCGGUGGGUGGCGAGCAUACAGGAGCUCGUCGUGGCGACGGGCUGCACCUCCACAGUAAUUGGCGCCACCGGCGGGCUGCGGCAGGCCGAGGCGGCCGGCAGGGUCACGCCUCGCAUGCUCGCGUCGCUUGGAGAGCUGCUGCGGGAGCUGGUGCCGGCCGCCGAGUUCCGCAGCCUGAGCGGCGAGGACGAGGCGCGGGCCGAGCUCGGCGCGGUCGGCUGGCACGACCCUCCGGGCGCAGCGGCCAGCUUCCUCUCGGUGACGCACGGGCUGAUCGACGCCGCCGCCUCGCUCUGCGAGCGGGCGGACGGCGCGGCCGACGAAGACGCGCGGAGUUGCGCGAUCGAGGCCUUUGGCGCGCGGCUUGCGGCAGAGGUGUCCGCCUCUGGCCGGCGCGGACAGCUACGCGGCACGCUCGUCGCCAUCGAAAUGGUCGGAGCCUGCGGCUCCGCAGACGAGUACGGCGGCCGCUUCGCCGGGCUGGCGCGGCAGGUGGGCCAGCGGGUGGUGGGCAAGGCGGCGCUGGUCGCGGCGCUGCGGGAGCACCUGCAGCAGUGGGCGAGGGGCGGGGCCGUGGCGAGCCGGCACGAGGCGUACGCUGGGCUGCUGCCCGCAGAGCUGCUAGGGCUCGCAGGCCUCGCCGACGAGGGAGCGAGCUUUUACCUCUGCCGCUCGUUCGAGGUCGCUCCGGGCGUGACCCUCAAGCCGAGCUGGUCUCUCGGCGUCUACCUCUCGCGGUCGGCCGCGCCGCCGCCGCCACCAUCGCCGCUGGAGCAUAGCUGA